AUGCCCCGUGAUCCUUUGAUUGGGCUAGUGGGCAAGGGAGGGGCACAGCCAUCCAGUGGAAAGUCCACGACAUUGAACAGCUUGACGGAUGCCACUUCCAAAGUCGGCAACUUCCCCUUCACGACCAUUGACCCCCAGCGCGCUAUUGGAUAUCUUCAAAUCGAAUGUGCUUGCGCCAGACACGGUGUCUCCGACAGAUGCCAGCCCAACUAUGGUGGAUGUCAUGAGGGACGACGCUCCGUUCCCAUUGAAUUGCUAGAUGUUGCCGGUCUUGUGCCUGGAGCGCACCAGGGUCGCGGACUGGGAAACAAAUUCUUGGAUGACCUGCGACAUGCUGAUGCUCUGAUUCACGUGGUUGAUGUAAGUGGUACCACUGAUGCGGAGGGCAAGGCGACUCGCGGAUACGACCCCUCCGUGGACAUUGAGUGGCUUUAUGGAGAGAUUGUCCGCUGGGUUCUCGGAAAUUUGAUGGAAAAAUGGGGAUCUAUCAAGCGGAGACAUACCGCAACGAAGGCGAACCCUGUCGACACAUUACAAGGUCAAUUCUCAGGAUACGGAAGUACUCACUCCGUUGUCGCACGUUGUUUAGAUAAGCUUGCUCUGAAGGAACCUCUCGAGGAGUGGUCUAACGAGACUGUCGAGCUUGUGGUGAAGACCUUCAUCAACGAAAAAUUCCCCACAGUAUACGCUUUGAACAAGAUUGACCACCCCGAUGCUGAUAAGAAUGUCAGCAAGAUCGCCAAGAUGCAAGAUCCCCAGAGCAUUGUACUCUGCUCAGCCAUAUCAGAAGUCUUCCUCCGACGACUAGCCAAACAGGGCUAUGUCAAGUACAUUGAGGGUAGCGAAUUUGUGGACACGCGGGAAGAUCUGAUUGAAAUGGGCGAGCCAGAUGGCGGAGGCCUAAAGGAGAUGGAUGAAAAGCUGAAGACCCGCGUGGAAAACUUGAAGGACAUGGUGCUCUACCGAUUCGGUUCGACCGGUGUAACACAAUGUCUGUCUCGAGCUGCUGAGCUUUUGGGCCUUGUGCCAGUUUUCCCAGUAAGAAACCUCCAGACAUUCAACUCUGGAGCCGGGACAGCCGCGUUCCGCGAUUGUGUCUUGGUCAAGAAAAACAGCACAGUGGGCGAUGUUGCUCGAAAGGUCAUGGGAGACGUGCCUAUCUCCUAUAUUGAAGGCAUUGGUGGUACCCGAGUUUCCGAGGAUGAUAUUGUUGCAGUCGGGAAACACGAUAUCUUAUCAUUCAAGGUUGGUCGGUAA